UAAAAGUUUAGUUUGUGAUGGAAAAAGACGUUGAGAAAAAUAUAAACACUGAUGUACGACAGGACAAUGAGGAAAAUAGACGAUACCGAAAGACUAAUGUGCAAGACGAAGUAUCUGGGCGAAUGUCUUCAGCUAAUCGCGGGAGAGGUAAUAGAACUGCAACUAUGCACGGCGAAGUACCGGGACGAAUGGCUUUAGCUAAUUAUACUUGUCACGAUAAAAAUAAUAGGAGAGCUAAAGGUAGCAUCGUUUCCGGUACCAUAACCAGCAGUGAUAUUGAACGUGGUCCAUCUCCAAGUGACGCGGAUAAAUCAUCGGAGGCCGUGCUCGAGCCAUCCUCUUCACAGUGUGGUCCACAUUCAAGCAACGCGAAUAAGUCAUCGGAGGUAAAUAUUACCUUAUCGAAUUAA